AUGUCCACCACUAAAGUUCCAACUGCAGUACGACGAUUGAUCGAUCUUUACAACAUCAUUUCUCGUAAACAAAACUCAUUGUAUGCAGAGGAAGUCGAAUCCUUUCUCCAUAAUACAUCUGAUCUGAGUCUACGAAAUAAGCGAUGGUCAUUGCUAAAUAAAAACGCAAGAAAAGGUCUCGACUUUAAGGUUGAUAGAAAUAGAGAACGACGGUUGUUUCAAGAUCCCAUACAAUUUGGUCCCAAUGAGCUCAAGGAAACAAAGUAUUUAUUUAAGGACCAGUCCAAGUUUAAGAAAACGAAGGGAGUACUACCUGGUUUGCCCGUAGUUGAAAAGAGUACCAGUGUUUACAAUGCCGAUAUAGAGUCUACCAUUAGUGCUUACUUUGACCCACUGACGUCGCUCCUGAUGCAUAAGCUGCAUCAGAACAGUUUCAAGUUUUAUUUGCAAAGGUUGAUGGGUGCCCCAAUCAUGAUCAUAUUCAAACAAAAAUGUGACUUGCUUUCCCAAACAUCAAUGGACCAAUGGAACCAGCCCUAUUUUGAGAUGAGGAAGAGAGUACUGACAGAAAAUGAAAAGAAUAAGGGGCAGAGAUUGCCACCGUUUGAAUUGACAAAAUUGACCCACCCUGAUACAUUCUCGUUAGCUUUAAAGAGCGACACAUUCAUGAGAAGAAAGGGCCAAAACUUUGAGCAAUUGGUGAAAUCUCAACCUUGGAACGAGGUAGAGAAAGUUGAUGACAAAUUGGCUAUAAUGUUGAAGCAAGAGCAGAAUGUUUGCAUAUUGACAAGACUGGAUCUGCAUGAAGUUUCUAAGGAUGACUUCGCUCUCAAUACAGCUAUAGAUGAAACAAUGCAAAUUACAAAAAAGAGCACGUUCUCUUCAAACAUCAUUGACAACUUUCCGUACACGUUAAUAUUCAACAGGUUCUAUUUACUCAACUUACUCAACUUAGAUGCAGAUGUAUCCUCAUUUGAGUCGUUAUGGACAACCACUGAAUUGGAAAUUGUGGGUGCUAGAUUGGCCCUUCAUGACCCAGCAGUUAGGUCAUUAUUGCAAACGCUUGCCACCACCGUGGAUCUUCAUCAUGCUUCCAGCUAUGAGGAAAUUUUGAGGCUAGCGAAGCUAGCGAAGCCGGAGGAGACCGGCUCACACGGGUUGAAUGGCGUCAUACAAACAUUGGCUUCAAAUGGGUUGACCAACACCACUUAUAAUGAGGCGACCAAUGCACUCUAUCUAACCAAGAGCAAAUAA